AGCCUUGGAGAGGCAGCGCGAGCGUACAGUGCGAGUCAGACGAGCACCUGAUCGACCAGAGGAUGCAUCGGGCCGUUCUCUCUUUCAGUCCCCACUGUUUUUAAAAGCGUUCCGCACAGUGACUGUAAUGUGGAGCGUGCGUUGAACAGAAUCGACUCGUUUGAGUUUCAUUCCUUUGCGCACUGGAAGCGUUUCAGCGACUCAUAAUGAAUGAGAUAAAAGUUGCAGUUCUGGGAUCCGAGGGUGUCGGGAAAUCAGCACUUAUUGUUCGGUUUCUAACCAGGAGAUUUAUUGGAGAAUAUGCAUCAUCAUCAGAGUGCAUUUACAGAAAGCACAUGUCUAUAGAUGGAAGACAACUUAAUCUUGAACUGUAUGACCCCUGUUCUCAGCCAUGCGAGGGGAAGUCCACACUCAACGAUCAGAUCCAUUGGGCCGACGGCUUUGUGGUCAUUUACGACAUCAGCGAUCGUUCCUCUUUCCUCAGAGCCAAAGCCAUAGUGCACCUGAUCCGAGAGCUUCACCUGGGAGGGUCUAAAAGGGACACAGACUCUGUGAUUUUCCUGGUGGGCAAUAAGCAAGACUUGUGCCAUAUGCGGGAAGUGGACAGGGAGGAAGGCCAGAAGUUGGCGUCCGAGCGCCGCUGUCAGUUUUACGAGCUGUCUGCUGCGGAGCACUACCAGGAGGUGCUACUCAUGUUCUCCAAGAUCGUGCGCAAUGCCAGUCUGGGAGGCAGGGCCAAGGAGCGGCGCCGUCGCCCUAGCGGUUCAAAGUCUAUGGCCAAACUCAUCAACAAUGUCUUCGGAAAAAGGCGGAAAUCUGUUUAAAAAUCAACUUGGACAAUUGUUACUGGACUGACGUAUGAGAUGUGCCGCCGUUGUUUAUAUAAUUCCUUACCGCUUAUUGUUAAUGCCACACUGUCAUUACCAGGUAAAUCUUAUGAAACACAUCAAGAACAUGAACACACUUCACCCUAAAAUCAAAAGAAAACAAACAUUUUCUUUGCUUCAAGAAAAUUAAGCCUGUUUUAUUAGCAUUUUGCAUUUGGAACAAUAUUCUCAUGUCAUUUACCUCAUAAUUUCUCAUUACCGCAAUGAAAAAAAUAAAUAUAUAUAUGUGUGUGUGUGUGUGUGUGUGUGUGUGUGUGUGUG